GGCCAGACUCAUUCAUCAGUUUCGUGCAAAGACUCCCCUGCGACUGGAGGAGCGCCAGCAAGCAAACCUAGCACAUCACGCGAAUAUCUCAAUCGCAUUAUGGAGGCUCAAGUGCAAGAGGCAGUUCCUCCUCAGCCUCAGGUUCAAGUCACAUUUUCACUUGGGACAGAAACAUAUUCAGCCAAUGCGAACAAAGGAACACUUUCCGAGCAGCUGGCUUCUGUGAAAGAGGAAAGCAUGGCCAUACUGAAGGACUACAUCACCAAAUAUAAUGUUCCCAAUGAUGUUCCUGAUGAACCACUCGAAGAAAGCUCCUCAGGGGACGAUGAUGAAAUCAUUGAGAAGCCUCAAGCCAAGUCUAAGAAGACGAAAAUAAACUGAUUCUCUUUUGGAUGAUUGGAUUUAGACCCCAUAAGUUGUUUACUAAAAGUUCUUUUUUGCUUAGCAGAACUGUUUCAAACAAGACUUGUUUACGGGAUUGUUUUCUUCUGUUUUUUGUUUUUUCAGAGACUACGAAAUACCAAUUAGCAGACUUAUUAGGCAGCAAAAAA